UGGAACCACAUAACAAUGGCAGUAAUAUAACGGUGUGGUGGUGGUUCGGUGGCCGAGGGACGGAGAGAUCGGAAGAAUGGCCUUAACAUCUCUGGGCCUGUCUCACUCCUCUCCGUCCCCUUCUCUUCCCUCCUCCGCCCCUUCCUCUCCUAUGAGCCACAAGACGCUUUCUCUGUUGCUUCCUAGGGUUUUGGUUUCUCCCUCCGGCAGCAGCAGCAGCCGCAGCGGUGGGGGUGAACAGCUCCUCCGUGGAUCUCCCCAUUUCGGAGCGUACACGACCGCAACAGGUACUUGCAGGGCUAGUCAAGCUGUUGAUUUGUUCCCAUCUGUGUGGCCCGAAGUUACUGUUCGAGAUGCACGGCUGGAGGACUGUUGGGAAGUGGCAGAUACUCACUGUAGUUGCUUCUUUCCAGAUUAUACAUUCCCAGUCGAUCUUGUUUUGAGGAUUGACCGGUUUGUAGGAUUGCUCUCUGGGUUCUCAGUUCCUCCAGGUUGCAUGAGGACAUGUCUCGUUGCUGUCACCGAUAGUCCAUUCAAUGAUAAAUUAUAUAUUGGAUGUGAGGAUUUUAAACUCGGAGGUUUUGAAGGAAAAUUCAGCAUCAACAGAGGAUCUGUAGCUGGAAUUCUUACUGUUGACACAGUAGCUGAUUUCCUUCCUAGGAAAGGUCUGCUUCGACAAAGAAGAACUGGGAUUGCAUAUAUCUCAAAUGUUGCAGUUCGGGAGGCAGACAGACGAAAGGGGAUUGCCAAGAUGCUUGUCGCCAAGGCAGAGGCCCGAGCCCGGAGUUGGGGAUGCCGAUCAAUGGCAUUGCACUGUGAUGUAAACAACUUAGCUGCCAUGAGAUUAUACAAAUGCCAGGGCUUCAAAUGCAUCAAAGUGCCAGAGAAUGCAAAAUGGCCAGAACCCAAGACCUCGCCAGGCAUCCAAUUCAACUUCAUGAUGAAACUCCUGGUCCCUGAUGCAACUCCUUGAUCAAAGUUUGUGAUGGGUCAUACACCUGUUCAGAUUCUCCAAGGUUAUUGGUGGGUGGUGUAUAUUUGUGCGUGUAGAACAACAAAACAACAUUCAAAACUGCUGUGGACAUUGUAUUUUCCUGGUGUCAACUGUAAAGCUACUGGGAGACUUGAGGUAAUCAUUGUACCAUUAAGGAUAAUGCUAAUAUGAAAUGUUCUAUGAUUACUAUAUUAUUCUUA